AUGCUCAAGAUCAUCCGUCUAAUAUCAAAGAUCUACUUAUUCGUUUCGGCUAUUCGGAAGCUCAACCUCCAACUAAUCAAGAAACAUUCUGAACUACUCAAACAAGAAAGGGGAUCACGGACUACUAGCGAAACCUCGCUGGUUGUCAGGCUGUCCGAUCAUUGUGCUUACUUCGAUCCGAGGAAAACCAUCAGAAACUUGCUGCUGGGCUUUUGA